GGGAUGGCGAACCGUGGGGCCGAGAAGGUGACGAGAGAAGCCAUUCCGCCAUUGGAUGAGGAGGCCUGAGGGACGGGCCGGUGCACAAGAAGAGACCGAGGCGAGUGGCCCCGGGAGAGCGAAGGCCAUGGAGACCAACCUGCCGAAGCGGAAGGAGGUUGGCAAGUCCCUGCGCAUUAAAGUUAUCUCCAUGGGCAACGCCGAAGUCGGGAAAAGUUGUAUUAUAAAGCGAUACUGUGAGAAAAGAUUUGUGUCUAAAUACCUUGCAACAAUUGGAAUUGACUAUGGAGUCACAAAGGUACAAAUCAGAGACAGAGAAAUCAAAGUUAACAUCUUUGAUAUGGCUGGACAUCCCUUCUUCUACGAGGUUCGUAAUGAGUUUUAUAAGGACACACAGGGUGUGAUACUGGUCUAUGAUGUUGGGCAGAGAGAUUCUUUUGAUGCCCUUGAUGCAUGGCUGGCAGAAAUGAAGCAAGAGCUUGGACCUCAUGGAAACAUGGAAAAUAUUAUAUUUGUAGUGUGUGCCAACAAGAUCGACUGUACCAAGCACCGCUAUGUGGAUGAAAGUGAAGGGCGUCUUUGGGCUGAAAGCAAAGGGUUUCUGUAUUUUGAGACUUCAGCACAAACUGGAGAAGGAAUUAAUGAGAUGUUCCAGACCUUUUAUGUAUCCAUAGUUGAUUUAUGUGAAAAUGGUGGAAAACGUCCUACCACAAAUAGCAGCACUAGUUUCACCAAAGAACAAGCAGAUACCAUCCGCAGAAUUCGAAAUAGUAAAGAUAGUUGGGACAUGCUGGGAGUCAAACCUGGAGCCUCGAGAAUCGAUACAUUCAUUACACACCUGAAUCGGUCUUGUUUCUCCAAAAGAUUUCCUUAAGAGCUUCUUCUGCUAUUUAGAAAUCUUGAAAGGGACUCUAAGUCAGAGGACCAAGCAUAAGUACUAAUGUGGAUAUGCUCCCUCAGGAGGCAGAGUGGCCAGAGGGCCCUGCCCAGGACUCACUCAUGGGGAACAGAGGAUGCUGUACCUGCCUCAAGGACAGAGGGUCUUUGGGAGAAGAAUUCUAGCAUUUCAAAUUUCCUCAAAGAGAGAGAAUGCCAUUCUUAUUAGCUUAUAUCAAAAUUAUGUGUUUAGAAAAACUACAUGCAAGGUUAAAACAAGAAAAUUCACAAGACUCUUCUAAGAACAGAAAACAGAGAAAGCCCUAGAAUGUAUGCCUAAGACAUGGAGAACUGUUAACAUGACCCUGUGACCUCAGUCUCUUCUCCGAGUUGACACAUAAAACUUUCCAUCACAUUCAAGAUAUCGAAGACCAUCUCCCUAAUUUGAAGAGGCAAAUUAGAAAUCCUUCUAAUAAAAAAUAAAAGAGAAAAGGUAGAGCACUUGACAAAGCACCACAUCCAUGCUUAUAGGGCAACUGGAACCCUGAAUUACAAAAGGAAGGUGGGAAAUAAAACCAUCUGGCAGAAAUAGAGCUCAAUUUGACCAGGGGAGUGCCUGGCUGCUUAGAACCUUCUACGAGGCCUGACACCUGAGGAUGCUGAAGAGCAUAGGGACAGGGACAGAGGGUCUCCAGGCCCCUGCCAACUAGUUCCUGCUCUUUAAGAAGCUCAGAAGCCUGAAGCUGUCUCCCAGAGCACUGCUGGUUCACAGUAACCCCCUGUUGAUCUUUGGAGAAGCUGUUACUGCUCCUUUGCUCUUGGGAUCAUAUUGAUCUCUCUGCUUUCUUCAGUCCCAGUGAGCUCACUGUAACCUCGGGCACCCCUUUUCAGUGUCCCUGGCUUGAUUAGUGGUGUCACCAUCUUCUCCAGGCCUAAGAUGCCUCAUGAUCCUGGAACUCAUUUCAGCCUCUUUUCUUCUGUCUUCCCCUGGAUAUCCAGCUCAUCAUCUCCCUCUGCCAGUUCUUUCUGUAUAUUAUCUCUUCUCUUCUAUCUACCCUUGUUUGCUUCCAUAAACACCUUAACCUGAACCCUUCUACUCGUGGCUGGGUUGUUGUAACAGCUUCCUACCUCUCUCCUAACAGCUUUCGCAGCACCGGUUUGUCAUGAGACACAUAAUAUUGUUAUUGUUUAUCAAAUCCAGGUUUUGUGGCUGUUUUGCUUCGAGGCCCUUCACUUACUGCCCCUCCUCCCUGGCCAGCUUUGUUCCUUGUUCCUUCCCAGCACACUUCCCUCGUGAAGCGGCAUGUGCUGUGCUCCGUUCCUGACCUCCGUCCGUUCUCUCCAGAAGCUGUGUUCCCUCCCACCUCACCCCGCCAUGCUGCUGUGUUAGUCCCCCAGCCCACCUUCUUUCAGAAGUCAGAAGGCCGCUCCAGGCAGCCUUCCCUGGUGCCCCAGGUCCUCAUUCCUUCAGUCAGCAAAGGUCUGCUGAGUGCCUGCUGCGGGCCAAGUACCACCUGUUUUCAUCUGAUCAUUCUUUUACUAAGCAUUUCCUUAGCAUUUAUAUACUCAGUUUGCAUUAUAUAUUUUUUCUUCUUGUAUAUUACAUAUUAUUUAUUUGUUGUUUGUUUUCUAGUCUUUUAGUCCCACCUUUGAGAAAAGGCAAUAAGUAUUUGGGAUAUGCUUACUGGGAGCUGACUUCAAGAGAGAUUAUGUGUACCCAGACAGCUAAAAUGCAGCAGGUUGGGGCGGGCCCUGUUACUGACAUGCAG